GGGGUGAGAUUCCGUGCUUUGGCCUUGGGUCUGCCUGGCCAGGGAGGUUUCUGCUCUCAAACCUGGGUCAGGCCUGGAGCCAGUGGGGGGAGGUAAAGAGGUAGGCCCGUUGGGACAGGCCAGGUUUACAAGGAGAGCUGGCGGUGAGGUGGAGGGGGGCCCAUCUCUUCCCCUAAGUGUUCCCAUUGAUGGAGCCAGUGGCCCGGGCAGCACCCGGGCGGAGACGGAAGGAACUGCAUGUGAGCGUGUGUGUGCAUACGUGUGCCUGUCUGUGUGCACACACUUGUGCUUGUGAGUCUGUGUGCCCAUACACGUGUGUGUCUGCAUGCACAUGCGUGUGUGUGUGUGCAUGCAUGUAUGUGUGCAGGCAUGCGUAUGUGUGUGUGUGCAGUAAGUGGAAGAGGAACAGAGAGCAGAGCUGAGGCUGGCAGGGCUGGAGGGCCAGAGGCUGGUGGACUUCCCCAAUCCCAGCCUAGGCGGGGAACUGGGUGCCCCAGCCUCUACUACAGAACCUGGGGGCUGGGCAGCAGGCAGGCAGGACAGGGCCUGGAGCCGGUCCAGGAAAGAGCUAAUGAUCAACCGACUGCGGUGUCUGUGCAGCCGCGCUGGGCCUGCCUCUCCGUCACUGGCCCUCAGGCGCAGGGAGGAAGUAGGGCAGGAAGCAGGGGGCGGAGGCCGCUGUGCAGUCAGCCCGGCUGUGGGCGGCUCCUGCCUGCUCCGUCCAGCUGGAGACAGCCCUGUGGGGCCAACCAGCGCUGGGCCAGGAGCGGCCACCUGGUGCCUGUGUGCUACGGUCCUGUGGGCCUGGGAGCUGCCCCCGAGGAGCACGCCUCAGGGCCAGGCAUGUGAGGCCGCCGCGGGUCAUGGAGAAACUCCCUGCUGUGAUCACUGAGGAGCCGACCCCCAUGGGGAGGGGUCCCGUGGGACCCUCAGGAGGGGGCAGCAGCCAGGACCACGUCUGGACGGUGGCCACGAGGCCCUCUGUGAGCUGGGAGAAAGCGGGGCCUGAGGAGGCCAAGGCGCCGGGGAGGGGCGGUGAGUCCAUCCCACCCACUUGUCCACCCCACCUGCCCUGUCCAUCUGUCCUUCACCGCGCUGUCUGCCUCCAGGCCUCCUGGGAUGAGGCUUCUUCCGCCCGUGUGGCUGGGCCUGCCGCUGGGACCCCUCCCUGGCAGAUGGGGGCUUAUCCCACAGACCUGACCCUGCAGCUGCUGGCUGUGCGGAGGAAGAGCGGCCUACAGGACCCCGGCCUACAGCAGACCCUCCGGGGCCAGCUCCGCCUGCUGGAGAAUGACAGUCGGGAGAUGGCCCGCGUGCUCGGCGAAUUAUCAGCCAGGCUGCUGUCGAUCCACAGUGACCAGGACCGGAUCGUGGUGACGUUUAAGACUUUUGAAGAAAUCUGGAAGUUUUCCACCUACCACGCUCUUGGCUUCACUCAUCACUGCCUGGCAAACCUGCUUAUGGACCAGGCCUUCUGGCUGCUCUCGCCCAGUGAGGAGGAGGAGACGGCCAUCCAAGUCCAUGUGGAUGAGAACGCCUUGAGGCUGACCCACGAGAGCCUCCUCGUCCAAGAAGGGCCCUUCUUUGUCCUGUGUCCUGACCACCAUGUGAGAGUGAUGACGGGUCCCCGGGAUGCAGGAAAUGGCCCCCAGGCCCUCAGGCAGGCUUUGGGGGCUCCCCAGGGAGAGGCGGCCCUGGAAGCAGACUCUUCACCACCGAACCCCAGCGUGUCCUCCGAGGAGGUGGCAGUGGCAGCCGCCCCGGAGCCUUUGAUUCCAUUUCAUCAGUGGGCUCUUAGGGUCCCCCAGGACCCCAUCGAUGACGCCAUGGGUGGCCCUGUGACGCCCGACAACCCGCUGAUGGCUGUGGGCCUGGCCUUGGCAUUGGCAGACUUCCAGGGCUCAGGGCCCGAAGAGAUGACCUUCCAAGGUGGCGACCUCAUCGAGAUCCUUGGGGCGCAGGUGCCCGGCCUGCCCUGGUGCGUGGGCCGACACGCAGCCUCGGGCCAGGUGGGGUUUGUGCGGAGCGGCCUCAUCAGCAUGCAGGGCCCCGUGUCCGAGUUGGAAAGUGCGAUUUUUCUCAAUGAGGAAGAAAAGUCAUUCUUCAGCGAGGGCCGCUUUUCUGAGGAGGAUGCCAGGCAGCUGCUGAGGCGGAUGUCGGGCACUGAUGUCUGCAGCGUGUACAGCCUGGACUCAGUAGAGGAAGCUGAGACUGAGCAGCCACAGGAACAAGAAAUACCUCCACCUUGCCUGGGCCUGGAGCCACAGGAGACUCUGCAGAAGGUGAAGAAUGUUCUGGAACAAUGCAAGACCUGCCCAGGCUGCCCCCAGGAGCCAGCGUCCUGGGGUCUCUGUGCGGCAUCCAGCAACGUGAGCUUGCAGGACCCCGAGGAGCCCUCCUUCUGCUUGGAAGCUGAGGACGACUGGGAGGACCCAGAGGCCCUGAGCUCACUGCUGCUGUUCCUGAACGCCCCCGGGUACAAGGCCAGCUUCCGUGGCCUGUACGACGUGGCGCUGCCAUGGCUGAGCAGCGUGUUCUGCAGCUUUAGUGACGAGGAGGAGCUGACUGGGCGCCUGGCACAGGCCCGAGGGGCGGCCAAGAAAGCUGGCCUCCUCAUGGCCCUGGCCAGGCUCUGCUUCCUCCUGGGGCGGCUGUGCAGCAGGAGGCUCAAGCUGUCCCAGGCCCGGGUAUACUUUGAGGAAGCACUGGGGGCCCUGGAGGGCAGCUUCGGGGACCUGUUCCUGGUGGUGGCUGUGUACGCCAACCUGGCCAGCAUUUACCGGAAGCAGAAGAACAGGGAGAAGUGUACACAGGUGGUUCCCAAAGCCAUGGCCCUACUCCUGGGGACACCCAGCCACAUCUGCAGCACCGAGGCGGAGGGGGAGCUCCUGCAGCUGGCGCUGCGGCGGGCGGUGGGUGGCCAGAGCCUGCAGGCCGAGGCCCGGGCCUGCUUCCUGCUGGCCAGGCACCACGUGCACCUCAAGCAGCCCGAGGAGGCCCUGCCCUUCCUAGAGCGGCUACUGCUUUUGCACAGGGACUCGGGAGCCCCAGAGGCUGCGUGGCUCUCAGACUGCUACCUACUCCUGGCUGACAUCUAUAGCCGCAAGUGCCUGCCCCACCUGGUGCUGAGCUGUGUCAAGGUGGCCUCAUUGAGGACACAGGACUCGCUGGCCAGCUCGCUGGGAAGCGUAAACCUGGUGCUCCAGAACGCCCUCCAGCCCCAUGGCCUCCCCACCCAGACUUCCCACUACCUCAGGCGAGCGCUGGCCUCCCUAACCCCGGGCACAGGCCAGGCGCUGCGCGGCCUUCUCCACGCCAGCCUGGCCCAGCUGUACAGCCACCAUGGCUACCACGGCCCGGCCAUCACCUUCAUGACGCAGGCGGUGGAAGCCAGUGCUGUUGCCGGAGUCCGUGCCAUUGUGGACCGCCUGGUGGCCCUGGCCUGGCUGCACGUGCUUCACGGGCAGAGCCCGGUGGCCCUGGACAUCCUGCAGUCUGUCCAGGAUGCAGUGGUGGCCAGCGAGGACCAGGAGGGUGUGAUUGCCAACAUGGUGGCCGUGGCUCUGAAGAGGACGGGCCGGACGAGGCAGGCAGCCGAGGGCUACUACCACGCCCUACGGGUGGCUCGGGACCUGGGCCAGCGGAGGAACCAGGCAGUGGUGCUGGCCAACUUCGGGGCCCUGUGCCUGCACGCGGGUGCCAGCAGGCUGGCCCAGCACUACCUCCUGGAGGCCGUGCGGCUGUUCUCGAGGCUGCCCUGUCGGGAGUGUGGCCGGGACUUCACCCACGUGCUCCUGCAGCUGGGCCACCUCUGCACCCGCCAGGGCCCGGCCCAGCAGGGCAAGGGCUACUAUGAGUGGGCCCUUCUGGUCGCCGUGGAGAUGGGCCACGUGGAGAGCCAGCUGCGGGCCGUGCAGCGGCUGUGCUACUUCUACAGCGCCGUCAUGCCCAGCGAGGCCCAGUGCGUCAUCUACCACGAGCUCCAGCUCUCCCUGGCCCGCAAGGUGGCCGACAAGGUGCUGGAGGGGCAGCUCCUGGAGACCAUCAGUCAGCUCUACCUGUCCCUGGGCACCGAGCGGGCCUACAAAUCCGCUCUGGACUACACCAAACGAAGUCUGGGGAUUUUCAUUGACCUCCAGAAGAAAGAGAAGGAGGCUCAUGCCUGGCUGCAAGCAGGGAAGAUCUAUUACAUCCUGCGGCAGAGCGAGCUGGUGGACCUGUACAUCCAGGUGGCACAGAAUGUGGCCCUGUACACAGGCGACCCCAACCUGGGGCUGGAGUUGUUUGAGGCAGCUGGAGACAUCUUCUUCAAUGGGGCCUGGGAGCGGGAGAAAGCCGUGUCCUUCUACCGGGACCGGGCCCUGCCCCUGGCAGUGACUACGGGCAACCGCAAGGCGGAGCUGCGGCUGUGCAACAAGCUGGUGGCACUGCUGGCCACGCUGGAGGAGCCCCAGGAGGGCUUGGAGUUUGCCCACAUGGCCCUAGCACUCAGCAUCACUCUGGGGGACCGGCUGAACGAGCGCGUGGCCUACCACCGGCUGGCCGCCCUGCACCACCGGCUGGGCCACAGCGAGCUGGCGGAGCACUUCUACCUCAAGGCCCUGUCGCUCUGCAACUCGCCGCUGGAGUUCGACGAGGAGACCCUCUACUACGUGAAGGUGUACCUGGUGCUCGGUGACAUCAUCUUCUACGACCUGAAGGACCCAUUCGAUGCAGCUGGGUACUACCAGCUGGCACUGGCAGCCGCCGUGGACCUGGGCAACAAGAAGGCACAGCUGAAGAUCUACACGCGGCUGGCCACCAUCUACCACAACUUCCUCCUGGACCGCGAGAAGUCGCUCUUCUUCUACCAGAAGGCCAGGACCUUCGCCACAGAGCUCAACAUCCGCAGGGUCAACCUGCCUCCUCUGCCACUCUGCGGGUGGGCCCCCUGGUUGGCCCCCAGCCACCCUCGCUGAGGACAUCAUCUGAGGGAGUGGGUUUUGUGCAAGGAGGAUGGUCUCUUGCCUCUCCUGGUGUCUCCUGUGGCUCAUUUUCUGGGAAAUGGAGGCAUGAAAGCAGGGUUCAAAUAGCAAUAAAUGUGUUUUUUUUUUUUUCAAUAACA